AUGCAGCUUUACACAUAUCGGGAGCGCUUUUUCCGGCGGAAAAAUAUCCCCACCGGUCAGUUAGAAACACAGCUGAAAAGGAAUUUAACAACUUUUGACAUCACGCUUCUCGGCGUCGGGCAUAUGAUUGGAGCCGGGAUUUAUGUGUUGACAGGGGCUGUCGUCAGGAAUACAGCGGGCCCCUCCAUCGUACUCUCAUUUUUAUUGGCCGGUUUUGCUUCUUUGUUGUCCGCACUUUGUUAUGCAGAAUUCGGGGCGAGGUUCCCAAAAGCGGGUAGCGCCUACACGUACGCGUAUGUGGGAAUCGGCGAGCUGUGGGCGUUCAUUAUCGGCUGGAACAUAAUUUUGGAGCAUAUGCUGGGCGCGGCAGCCGUCGCUCGCUCUUGGUCCGGCUAUUUGGAUUCCCUACUGGGCAACCGGAUUCGCAACAUUACAGAGGCGGAGCUGGGAGUGAUAGAUAGUACAGUAUUCGGAGAAUACCCGGAUUUUGUUGCAUUCCUGAUCGUAAUUAUCGUUGCGAUUUUCAUCGCGCUUGGCUCGAAGACGUCGACAAUGUUCAACAACAUCUUCACCGUGAUUAACUUGGUGGUGGUCGUGAUCGUGGUCGGGUACGGUAUGUCGUUCGCCGACUUUGGAUUGUGGACUGGCACCACCUCGACGGGUCAAUCGAAAUUUUUCCCAUUUGGGGUGCAGGGAAUGCUAUCCGGGGCCGCCUCCUGUUUCUUCGCCUACAUCGGCUUUGAUGGGUUGGCAACUGCUGGGGAGGAAGCAAAAAACCCAUCACGCUCGAUUCCGGUGGCCACUUUCGUUUCGAUGUCCAUCGUCACGCUGGCCUACGUGCUGAUGUCGGCCUCGUUGACGCUGAUGAUCCCCUACAAUGUGGUCCAUCCCACAGCGGCAUUUGCCGAUGCAUUCGCCCUGAAGCACGCCACCGUCGCCCGAUUCGCUGUGUCAUUGGGCGCAUUGUGUGGUAUGACGACGAGUUUGGUCGGCAGCAUUUUCGCCCUGCCCAGAUGUGUCUACGCGAUGGCCAGCGACGGGCUGUUGUUCGCGUUCCUCGGCAAGGUCAACCAGUCAACAAAGAUCCCAAUCUACGCCGUCGCAAUAUUCUCCACGAUGGUCGCCAUCAUAGCGCUGCUGUUUGACAUCGAGACGUUGGUCGAAUUUUUGUCCAUCGGAACCCUGCUGGCAUAUUCCAUCGUCUCGGCUUGUGUCAUCGUGCUGCGCUAUCAGCCGGCACCGCUUGGUGAUUCGACAAAAGAUAUGGAUGAAGGCGGCCGCUUACGGCAUUGGGUCCCGUUCCAUGGAGCUCUCGCCGAUAUGCAACCUGGCAAAGCCGUAAUAUAUGCCCUCGUGGUGAUGACGAUCGCCUUUUUUGGUUUUGGCCUCUGCUUGUCUACAGGAAUCAUGACGAAAACAUGGUACGGUAUCUUGCUGACGGUGCUGACCGUCUUGAUCUCAUUGUUUUCACUCCUCUUCAUUGCGGCGCACCAACAGAAUAGGACAGCGUUGGCUUUCAAGGUCCGCUUCGUACCCGUGAUCCCGGCUGUCUCGCUGUUGAUCAACAUCAUCAUGAUGCUCAAUUUGGCGCCAAUCACCUGGGUGCGGCUGGUGAUAUGGAUGGCGAUCGGAAUGGCGAUCUAUCUGCUCUAUGGUAUUCGGCACAGCGUCGAAGAGCGCCCUAUGGGAGCGAGAUUCACGAAGAACACCUCUUACGCAAGCGUGGACGGCGACGAUUCGCCACAUGUGGCCGUCGGGACAAUCGGCAAAGGGUCCCAGGUCAACGCGCAAUCGGACACCCCAAAAGACCAUAUGAACGCUUCCUAUAUCAACCCAGCAAUUAGUCUAGAGCGAAUUGAUUCGCCC